ACCCCCCCUACUCUGUUAGGCCUUUUCUCCCACCCUCGUCGCUCCGCCAGGCCGCCACCGAGCUCGCGAUCCGAUUCGCUCACUACCCGCCGCGCCUCGCCUCUCCCCACCACCCUAUCGCCGGUAGUUUGGCCUCGUCGCCCCGCCGAUCGCUCGCCCGACUCGCCGUCGCCACUAUGCCGCUCAGGUUGGAGAUCAAGAGGAAGUUCGCGCAACGGUCGGAGAGGGUCAAGUCGGUGGACUUGCAUCCAACGGAGCCAUGGAUCCUUUCGAGCCUCUACUCAGGGAGUGUCUGCAUCUGGGAUUAUCAGUCACAGGCUAUGGUGAAAUCAUUUGAAGUCUCGGAACUACCAGUGCGGUCUGCAAAAUUUGUUUCGAGGAAACAAUGGGUUGUCGCUGGUGCAGACGAUAUGCUCAUUCGCGUCUACAACUACAAUACCAUGGACAAAGUUAAAGUUUUUGAGGCUCAUACUGAUUACAUCAGAUGUGUUGCAGUCCAUCCAACUCUUCCAUAUGUACUGUCAUCAUCUGAUGACAUGUUGAUAAAACUGUGGGAUUGGGAUAAAGGGUGGAUGUGCACUCAAAUCUUUGAGGGGCAUUCGCACUAUGUGAUGCAGGUUACUUUCAAUCCAAAGGAUACUAACACCUUUGCAAGUGCAUCUCUUGACCGCACUACGAAGAUAUGGAGUUUGGGUUCUCCAGAUCCAAAUUUUACACUUGAUGGACAUCAGAAAGGUGUUAACUGUGUUGACUACUUCACUGGUGGUGAUAGACCCUAUUUGAUUACCGGUUCUGAUGAUUCCACUGCAAAGGUCUGGGAUUACCAAACAAAAAGCUGCGUUCAGACACUUGACGGCCAUACACAUAACAUUUCUGCUGUUUGUUUCCAUCCUGAGCUUCCUAUAAUCAUUACUGGAUCAGAAGAUGGCACAGUUCGUAUAUGGCAUUCGACAACUUACAGACUUGAGAACACACUGAACUAUGGCCUUGAAAGAGUUUGGGCCGUUGGAUACAUGAAGGGAUCAAGAAGGAUGGUUAUUGGUUAUGAUGAGGGAACUAUUAUGAUAAAAAUGGGUCGUGAAGUACCGGUAGCAAGUAUGGAUACUAGUGGAAAAAUCAUUUGGGCGAAACAUAACGAGAUACAAACUGUGAAUAUCAAGACUGUCAGUGCAGGCUUUGAGGUCACUGAUGGUGAAAGAUUGCCCCUGGCUGUAAAGGAGUUAGGAUGUUGUGAUCUAUACCCGCAGAACUUGAAGCAUAAUCCUAAUGGCCGGUUUGUUGUUGUAUGCGGAGACGGCGAAUAUAUAAUUUAUACUGCUCUGGCCUGGAGGAACAGAUCAUUUGGAUCUGCAUUGGAGUUUGUUUGGUCAUCAGAAGGUGAAUAUGCAAUCAGGGAAAGCACAUCAAGAAUAAAAUUUUUCAAUAAAUCAUUUCAGGAGAAGAAAACCGUCCGUCCUACAUUUUCAGCGGAGCGUAUUUUUGGUGGGGUAUUGUUGGCAAUGUGUUCCAAUGACUUCAUUUGCUUUUAUGACUGGGCUGAUUGCAGACUAAUACGCCGCAUUGAUGUGAAUGUCAAGAACCUCUAUUGGGCUGAUAGCGGUGACCUAGUUGCGAUAGCAAGUGAUACAUCAUUCUACAUCCUCAAGUACAAUAGGGAUGUUGUUGCUUCUUAUAUAGAAGGUGGAAAGCCUGUGGACGAGGAAGGUGUUGAAGAUGCUUUUGAGCUGCUUCAUGAAGUCAAUGAGCGAGUGCGGACAGGGAUUUGGGUUGGAGACUGUUUCAUUUAUAACAACUCAUCUUCACGACUAAAUUAUUGUGUUGGUGGUGAGAUCACCACGAUGUAUCAUUUGGAUCGCCCUAUGUACUUGUUGGGAUAUCUUGCGAAUCAAAGUCGAGUUUAUCUCAUUGACAAGGAGUUUAAUGUUGUGGGGUACACAUUACUUCUCAGUUUGAUUGAGUAUAAGACCCUUGUGAUGCGUGGGGAUUUGGAACGUGCAAAUGAAGUUUUACCAUCCAUACCAAAGGCACAAUAUAAUAGUGUCGCUCAUUUCUUGGAAUCUAGAGGUAUGUUGGAGGAGGCUCUUGAGAUAGCCACUGAUGCUGAUUACAAGUUUGACCUAGCUGUGCAGCUUGGAAAAUUAGAAAUUGCAAAGGCUAUCGCCAUAGAAGCACAAAGUGAAUCCAAAUGGAAGCAGCUGGGCGAACUUGCCAUGUCCACAGGCAAGCUAGAGAUGGUGGAAGAAUGCCUUCUUCAAGCGAAGGAUUUAAGUGGCCUGUUGCUACUAUACUCAUCUCUUGGUGAUGCUGAAGGAGUCGAAAAGCUUGCUUCUCUAGCAAAAGGGCAUGGGAAAAAUAAUGUUGCUUUCCUCUGCCUUUUUAUGCUCGGUAAAUUGGAAGAUUGCAUACAGUUGCUCGUAGACAGCAAUCGUAUACCUGAAGCUGCAUUAAUGGCACGUUCUUAUCUACCCAGCAAAGUCUCGGAGAUAGUAGCAAUUUGGAGAAAUGACCUCAGUAAAGUUAAUCCAAAAGCUGCAGAGUCUCUGGCAGAUCCUUCUGAGUAUCCAAAUUUAUUUGAAGAUUGGCAGGUUGCACUUACUGUAGAAAAGAGUGUUGCUUCUCAAAGGGGCCAUUAUCCUCCAGCUGACGAGUACUUGAACCAUGCUGAGAAGUCAGACAUGACUCUUGUGGAAGCUUUCAAAAGGAUGCAGGUCACUGAAGAUGAGGAACCAGUAGAUGCAGCGGAUGAAAAUGGAGAGCCUGAUCAAGAGGCAUUGGAAGAGAUUAAAGUGGAGGAGAACACGGAUGAAGCUGUCCCAGAUGAUGCUGAUGAACCUGAAGAGACUAUUCUUGUAAAUGGGAAUGAUGGUGAGGAACAAUGGGGUACGAACAGUGAAGGAACUUUGUCAGCCUAAAAGAAUUGUUUGGCAAAUGUAAAAACCCAAGUUGUGUCAAUGCGCUAACCCAACAAGAGUAGAAGCUGAGGGAAGCACAACUCAAUGGACGCGCCUAUUCAUUCUGAUGGUGAAAAUUUUGACCCCAAUUUUAUCUUGCAGCAUUGGGAUUGAUGAUGCUUAGUGCAGUGCUAUCCAAGCCACAUAUUGCUUGUAAAAUCCUUGAAAUGGACCCCAUACUUGACAAAUGGAAGGAUUACUCGACUGGUGUCAAUCCCGGCUGGCUUCUUUUGGCAACAGAAUAGGAAAAUCCUUUUUUUUUUCUCGCAACAUUUUCACUUCCUGAAAUCAAUGGGUUGGGUGAGGAAUCAGUUGUACGUGUAUGUAGUAUAUGCCACAUUACCAUAGCCAUGACAUCUUCUAGGAGAUCACAGUUUUUGUUAGCCAUUUACUUUAAUUUUGAUUCUGUGAGGUUACAUGUAGUAUAUGAUUGAGGCGCAGAAAGCUUGCCCAUGUAUCAUUCCACUGAAGAUCUAGCGUUGGAUUCAGUUUUGCUUGUUUAUCAAUGCCAGAAAAUUGCUGAUUCUUGCAA